AUGGGGGACGUUCUUCACCUUCCCCAGGAUGUGCCUGAUCAUCCUCAGCAUUCCAGGGAGGUUCGGGAGAACCCCCGAAGGCCUACCAGGAGAGAGAAGGGUGCCAGAGAGCGCGGAGGGGUACCGAGGGACAGGGUCAAGCCUCACAGGGAGUGCUUGGAUUUGGAGUCGGAGAAAAAGUCUAAGUAUCACCAACAGGAGGAUCACGGUGAUAUCCCAGAUGACCAGGAUGACUCACUGCCUCCACCACCACCACCACCUCUUUCUCCUCCUCUACCACCACAUCCGCCUUCAAGAGCAUACGGCACACAUGUUCGACCCGGUGCUCUGUAUGUGACACCGCCUUUGGUGGACUACGGCCUAUUGAUGAUGGCAUCCCAGCCGAUACAUGCACUACCGGUUCCUCCACCUUACCAGCCUUAG